UUUGGGGGGGGGAGGUGAGGUUUUUCUUAUGCGUUUUGCUAUGUUUUGUCUUCUGUUCAAGUUCGACUCACCCACUUAUUUAUAGUAACGCAGGCAGGCCAGUAGUGUUAAAUGCAGUGAUAUCUGUUCUGCUAUCCAUCCUGAUUUUAUUCCCUGUAAGAUGGACGGGCCAGGAGAAUCAAACACAGGGAUAUCCAUCCUACUAUCCAUCCUGAAUUUAUUCCCAGGAAAAUGAGCGGGCCAGAAGUGUCAAACACAGGGAUGCCCAUCCAUGCCUUCCCUCACUAACCAUUUAAGCUCAGUUUGGCAUCUUGAGCACUGAGCUCUUGGCAGUUGUUUCUGUACCAAUGAUUAAUUUCAGGAGAGUAACCAUCGUGACAGGCAAAUAAAUGCUACAGAAUUUCAGCCCUGCUUAUUUGCAACAAUUUGUGGAGAAAAGACAGCAUACAGCAUUUGCUGACAAGAUUUAUCUCUCCAAUUGAUUGCAGUUAACAUCAUGCUUCCCUUAGGCAGAUGAGGAUUAUAGAGCUCUGCCUUCAAGAAGGUAGGCAUUUGCUAAUUGCAUUCAUUAAUUACAUGGACUCUGCUGAAUGGCAUUCUCCAGUGUGGAAAAAUGCAAAAUGUUUGAUUGUGUGUAUUUAUUUGUAAUAGAAACAUAAAGCCUCUAGCCAAAGAUUUAAACAAAGAUUUAGUGGGAGUAUUAGCCUAAAUGGCAAAGUGUGAAGUUACAGCUUAACAUUUUAGUAAGUGAUGAAACUAAAGCCGGUUCUUAAAGCAGAGGCCUGCACAUAGCAAAAAUACCGCUGAACACAUAUGAAUUUUUUUCUAAAGACACACACAAAUAAAGAUAAACUGACCUAAUGAAUUACAAAGUAGUAAGACUUUGGCAUAUCCUUCCUGUUGUCCCUUUGUCUAGUUUUAAGGACAACCUGCGCAGCUUUUAGAUAGAGAAGUUGUCCAUGAUUCUUCUGUUGUGAAAAAUUGUCGGACUGGGAUGAAAGUUGUUUUUCUUCAUACAUCAUUCUGCUGGUUUGUGAAAAUCACUGCAGAAGAGUGAAAACAAUUGCAAAACCAUGAGUUCAGUUUCUUGUUUGUUUGUACUUGCAGUCUUGCUGUUGUGGAAGCACAGGCCUGAAAUGCUUCACUGGUUGUCAGUUUCAAGGGAGGUUCAAAAGCUGUGCUCUGAAGCAGGGAAGUCUGAGUUAUUGAAAACAAAUUAGAGAACAAGGGAAGGAAGGAAAAUGAUACAGGAGUACUCAUGGGUGGGUGAAGGAUAUCUAAGCAGGAAGGUUGGAAAACAUUUCCUCUCCCUUCAGGCAACUUCUUGCUAGUGUACUUGCAGGAUCAGCAUAGGAAGGGCCCAGGGUCUGCAAGAGAAGGUGGGCAAGGAAAGUUUGGUGAUGAAGUGCUGAGAGGCUCUUCCUUUGCCUCUCAAUGAAAUGCUGUGCCUCUCCACUCUCCAUUCUCUUGAUUCUUAAAUGAAUCUAAACUCUGACAUACUAAUCUUUUGUUCUCCUUCACUGCUUGUACGAAGUGUACUCAUGCCUUGAGUGGUGUGAGAAGGCCAUCCACUCUGAAUGUAUCACCUUUUAAAAACUUAAUUUAAAUAUGCUGGAUUCACUUUCUCUCUUCAGACAGCUUGGAGCAUGUUUUGUUUGUCAGAGUGGGCUAUGGGAAUGGAGGUCUGCUUUCUUCUCAUGACAGCAUGUACAUGAGAAUAUUGCACCAUAAGACUAAACAAUCCUUUAAAAUACUGAAGACUGAAAUGCAACAAAUUUGGACUAUUCUGAUUAGUUUUGUUUAAUCUUUUUAUAAGAUUAGUUUUGUUUGUUUUUUUCUAUUUUUGUCAAUUUUUGAGCUGGCAGAUUGAUAAAUUCUAGGGAAAGAGAGGAAAUCUUUUAAUUGCUUGCCUUUACAAAGAUGCUUUUGUAUUAAAGAUUCAUCACCAUUAUAAAACUGCUAAUUAAUGGUGUCUCUUCAAACAACCUACUGAUAACCAUUGCUAUGUCCACAGGCCCUGCAAUGCCAGAGUCUUCCUGCAAAAUCUGAAGAUUCAGUAGAAGAACCCUAAAUGGCAGUAGAUUGCUGUGUGCAUAUCUUCAGGGCAGAGGGAGAGAGAUGUUAAAAGGUUGCAUGUUUAAUUUUUAGCUCUAUCAGCUGUCCCACUAACUGGUUGUUUCUCACUGGAUAAGUUUAGAGUACUCUUGUGAAUGGGUCUCUUGAUAGCUUCUUCCUCAAAUACCACUUCUUUCAGACUUAAGACUGGGCAAGGCAUAAGAGCACAGGGACCUCUUCUUGAAGUCCCUGGUGGUGCAAAGCCUUGAAGUCACUGAAGAAACAUCACUUACAAAGUGUUUUUUUCCUUUCAGGAAUUGUCAUCCAUCACUAUGAAAAACCACAGUCUCUGAGUUUGUUUCAAGCUUUGUGCCUCAUCACUUACUGCAGAAAAGCUGUGCUUCAAGCUCUCCUGGGGAAGGCUGGUGUCCUUGGGGAAACAUGGCCUUCCAUGGCUGGAAGCAGCUGCUCUUCUUGGGCAGGCAGAACACCCUUACCAAGGUGUGGAGAAGCAGGAGGGGAGGCUCCUCUCUGUGCUGGAAGCGCUGCUGCCAUUGGAGCACAGGCAAAUCUCUGGACCCCGAGGUGAGAGCGUUUUUGGAGGAGAACACCGAGGUCACCAACAGCGGGCACCUCACACCAGAGAUCCGGCUGCGCCUCCUCACCCCUCGCUGCAGGUUCUGGAGAGAAAAACCUGACCUGUGGCCUUAUGGAGACCCCUUCUGGGCAAUUUACUGGCCAGGAGGCCAAGCCCUCUCCAGGUAUAUUUUAGAUAAUCCACAUGUGGUUAAAGGGCGAUCGGUUCUGGAUCUUGGAAGUGGAUGUGGAGCAACAGCAAUAGCUGCUGUGAUGAGUGGUGCAUCCCAAGUCCUUGCCAAUGACAUUGACCCUAUUGCAGGAAUGGCAAUGAUCUUGAACUGUGAACUGAACCACCUGAAUCCCUUCCCCAUCACCAUUAAGAAUAUCAUCAAUUCAGAGGCUGGCAACUGGGACCUCAUAGUUCUAGGAGAUAUGUUUUAUGAUGAACAACUUGCUGAUGGUCUGCAUCGCUGGCUGCAGAAGUGCAUCAGGAUUCACCAGACUGAUGUGCUGAUUGGUGACCCUGGCAGACAUCAAUUUUUAAGCCACAGCAUUCACAGUCAGCUGCACAAAGUUAUAGAAUAUUCACUGCCUGAGUAUACAAGACAAGAAAACUAUGGGCUAACAUCAAGUAUUGUCUGGAGUUAUCAGCCUUCAAACAGCUUAGACGACUCUUGAAGCUGACUUCUAUGGGAUUUUGUCUCACUUGGUUGGCUUUCUGCAGGUAAAUAAAAUGAAAACAGGAAUUAAAAGGGAACAUUAUCUGUAAAUAAAAAAAAAGUAAAGCAGCUUAUUGUACCUUCACUGGACUGAUUCCAGUUAUACUCACUGAGGUUUUUGCUCAAUUUGAGGUAAAAGCUACAUGCAAACUGUGUUCAAAGGGGCCUGCACUGAUGUGCAGAUCUACAGACAACUUACAUGUAGAAGUUUGCAUGUUUGAUGUUUCUCAUGUAUAUUUGUGUCUUGCUGACAUUACUGUGAAAUGUUUUGGAUGUCCAGCAUACUGCUGUAGGGAGAGUGCUGUGGCUGAAGGACUACUGCACUGCUUCCACAAGCUUCUGCAGUUAAUUUAUAGAAAAUUUCUAAAUAUUGGAAAUUAUUGCUGUCCUCCAUAAAAUUCUCCACCAGAUUAUUAGCUCAUAAUAUGCUCAACUUGAAGUGCCUUGUUCUUUUUCUGGGUAUUUCUUCUGAAUGUCAAAGUAACUAAUUUGAAUCUCCUCCUUUCCCUCUAUAAUAAAAAUUUCCUCUUCCUUGAAACUGCCAGAGUGAUUAUGUAGGAGUUGCACCCAAAUCUAAAUUCUGCUUCUUGACUGCCAGCCAGUGAAAAAGCUUUAAUAAAUGGAAAGUGAAUAAAUAGUACCAGCUAUGGGGUAGCUUAAUUCCCUUGAGAGUAGGGUGAAAUGAUCUACAUUCCUUACAUUACCCUUUGCAAGGGUAAACCAGGCAAUCUAUCACAUUGGGAAGCUGCUGAGGGAUGAAGCAGUCUUCACUUCUGUGAUAAACAGAAAGUAGCUAAAUAAAAACAGGGAAUAAAAGUCUGAUAUAAUUAUUUUGCUCUUCUCUUGAGGAGAUGCUAGACAAACUCCAGAAUCAUUCUCAUUUUAUCUGCCAACUAAGAACCAGUUUCAUCUGCCAAACAUGGUAAAAAAAAUCUGAUCCUCAGGUAAGAUGCUUUAAUUGUAGCCAUUUGAAGAAGAAACCAAUGCUUUCAGAGCAGUCAAUGCUUAUAGGAACUGUCAACUUCAGCAGUCCAUUAUUGAACAAGCAGUGAUCAGAAGCUAAUAACUGCACCAUAGAACACAGUGCACCUACAACUGUCACGCUGCCAGGUGCUGUGGUGGAAGCUUACAAAUCUGAAAAAGCAUGUGGUACUCAGAAAACCAUGGUAUUCAUGAAGUAGGAAGUUUAGAAGCACAGUCAGACAUACAUGGUUCUAUAAUCCAACAAGUAUUCAGAACUGUUCAAAUAGCCAACUUCUAAACUUUAAUCUUCAGAACAAUAUGUGAAUGUUCUGCAAGGCUCACAACAAUAACAAUAGAGAAUACAAAGUCCUAAAUGCAUCCAUGGUACUUCACCCAGUGCCAGUAAACAUUUGUUGAAAUUACUGUAAACCAGAAAACAUUCCAGUGGAGUUAUGCAAAUACUAAACACGUAAGGGCAGACUCAAGCUCUAAUGGUAAAGGAUUUAAAAUAACUUAUAUUAAACUUUGAAACCUAAAACUACAUAUUAAACUUUGAAACCUAAAACUACAGUGUUACCUUGUUGCAGUGUUUUACAGCUUUUUAAGCACCAGGUGAGGAUGUACCACUAAGUUACACGCUGAGAAGAGGCUGUAGAGAAAGAUGGUAAAUAUACAAGCACACUUAAGGACACAGUAUAAGCUGCAUUUGCCUUCAACAUGACAAAUCCAAGGUUAUAUUAGCAAGGAGAAAAAGGACAACUUUGCCACUGAGGUCAGCCAGUAGUAUUGUUUCAGAGAGCUGCCUAAACAGCUGUAUGACUCAAUAUCAAAAAUAGUGCAACACACAUUUAUUGUCUAAGAGUUCAAACGAAUGAUGAGCCCUGAUCGAUCCCAGAGAUUCCGCAGGGCAUGACAAUAAACUACUCAGCAACAAAAAACAAACAAAACAAACAAACAAGCAAAAAACAAAAAAGCAAAAACAACCCCCACAAAACAAACAAAUAAAAAAAACCAACCAACCAAACAAACAAAAAAACCCAAAAAACCAAAACAAAAAACCAAAAAAAAACCAACCAAACAAAAAAAACUAAACCUGGUAGAUUAGGUUAUUAGCUUCUAUCUGGUGCAAGAAUUUUCUGCAGAGACAGCUGUAAGAUGCUUGUGGCUACUGCAGUAAAAUCAACUCCUUGCACCAAUGGUUUGUACUGAUGCGGUUACACCCACAGGGAUCAUAGGAGCACGUUCAUCACAGGG